GUUAAGUAGAUUUAGAUCUACAUAGACCUAGAUGGCUAGAAUGCUGAUUACGGAGCAUAGAUCUAUUCUAUAGCUAUACAGAUCUAGAAUUAAUAUGUGUGAUCAGUCUUUUCACAUCUGCCCUCUUCAUUCGGAAAUUUAGAACGCCAAAGAAAUAGAUCUCUUUCUAGAUCUAUGUCUCUCUAUUGGUUUACUUAGAAUAUUAGAUAUAGAGAAUCUAGGUCAAUAUUUCACAGUACUAGAAUAGCAAUCAGUGACGUGUUUAGAUAGUCAUCACUUAUUCAUUCAAUAGCAGAUGUCACAUAAUUUCCAUAUUAAUAGUCUGAUAGAUCUAUUAAUUCUAUUCUUAGUGUAGCUAGAUCUAGAAUCUAGAUACUAUAGUAAAGUUAUAUAGUAUUUCUAGAAACUAGUGUUUCGUAGGCCAAGCACAACCACAAAUCCACAGCUGAUUUGGUUUUGAUUUUGGAAUAUUUUAGUUUCUUGAACAUUGUGCAAAUCUAGACUAGGCUAAAGGAAGGCUUAUUCAUAUUUUAUUUGAAACUUAAGUAUUACAGUAUUCUGAUUAUUUAACCUGUAGAGUAAAACUACCAGUAAAUACAGAAUGUUUGCUUGCAAUUUGUUGAUGAUAUUAUUUACACUUUGGUGUGCAGUUUUACCUGGUAAUUCAUUGCAAUAUGAUCCUUCAAGAACAUAUACAUAUAGCUAUCAGACGGACUUAUUAUUGAAUGAUGCCAACAGCAAGAGGCUUACAUCUGCACAGAAAGAUGUUGGAGUUAACUUUACCAUUAGAUUUGAACUGUCAACUAUUUAUAAAGAUGAAAGUGUACAACUAUUUAAACUCCAUAUUACCAAAGCUGAAGUAUUUAGCUUACGUCAACCCAACACAAAAAAGGGACUGGAGUCAUCUAUUUAUAACCCAACAUAUUUCCAGAUCAGUGGGGAUCUUGUGGAGAAAAUUUAUUUUACAGAAAAUUCUAUCUUUAGUCGCAAUAUCAAAAAGGGAAUAAUCAAUUUAUUUCAAGUGCAAGAAAAAGAAGGAGAAAGAACUGAGGUAGAAGUGGGUGGUGAGUGCUUAGUGAAAUACUCUGUUCCUGAGCCAAAUGUCAUUGAACGCAAUAAACUAGAAUGUCAAAAUUUGGAGAUAGCCAACCAGUUUUCUAAUUCAAACAAAGCUCUUGGUAUCUCUGUCUACUCCAAGGCGACUAGUGUGUAUAAAUUACAAGAUUCUGUAAUCGAAAAUGUCUCCAGCACACAGCGUGUCAUCACCUACCUUAAUAUUAGAUCUGCUCUGAAUGGUGCUGCUUUAUCACUACAAAAUCUACAACUUGAGUCAGUCAGUAAUGGGAAAGAAGAACCUGCCUUCACAUUGGAAGAAGCUUUGUCGAAACUACAAGCAGGGACAAUGCUAAGUAUGGCUUUACUUCCAAGUGAAGAGGAAAUCCAGCAUUGCCAGGAAGAUUGUCAAAAUCCUGAGCAUCUGGCCCAGAGAUUGGAAGAAGAUCUGAAAGGAGAAAAUGUGGCAACUCUCAAAUCAGCUAAAGCUUUCAUUCAAAUGUUGAAAGGUUUUAGAAGCUCAAGUAAAGGCACGCUAACUAAAAUAAUGACAACUUCAGACAGCUACAUUGUUCCUCAGCUUAUUGACAUAGCCACAGCUGCCCAGACGGAUGCUGCUAAAGAAGCCUUGCUGGAACUGAUCAACUUUGAAGAUGCUGACAGUGUGGAUUACCCACAAAGAUUUCUGCUGGCAGCAGCUUACUCCUCACAUCCUUCUGUCACUUUUCUAGAAGAUCUGUUGUCUAUUCUGAAGAAACCAAUUCCUAAUGAAUCACUCCGUGAGUCAUUAUUGUUGUCACUUGGAGCUGUAGUGCAUACUUUUUGUCAAGUCAAAAAUCAGUCUAGUCAUCCGGUUGUUAAUGAGUUCAAAUCCCUGGUGACCUCUGAACUUUCUGCCUGUAAAGAAGAAAGGUGCCAGUUGAUGUACCUAAAUGCACUUGGCAACGCAGGCUUAAGUAGCACAGUGGAAAUAAUAUUGCCCUAUGUCGAGUCACCUAAAAGCUCUAUGCUUGCCGCAACAGCAAUGUCUGCUUUUAGACGCAUUCAUAAAAAAUACAUUACUAGCAAGGUGAAAGCAGCUUUGUUAAGAAUCUUUCACCAGAACAAUGAUGCCUAUGAUACUAGUGUGAGGAUAGCUGCCCUUGAGCUCAUUGUAGACAACGAACCAACCAAACAAGAAGUUAGAAAUAUCCUAUUGUCAUGUGGUGACCAAUCAGAACCAGAAUUUUCUACCUAUGUUCUAAAGAUGAUAUUAGACAUUGCAUCAGUCAACCCUGAGCUCAAGACUAAACUGGAAGACAUUCUUAAAGACUCAAGAAUAAAAAAUUACAAUAUUUGGUCUCAAUCUGGCAAAUCCAGUGUUAUCACAAGUUAUCUGGCAAGGUUGAAAGACUUGGACGCUACUUACAACUUGUACUUUGAAAACUCAAAGUCUGGAGUGAUGAAAAGAAGUGGUAUGGUGGUCAGUCUGUUAGGCAAGACAAUCAAACAGCCAUUCAUGAAGUUUGGAAUCUAUGCUGAUGGCCUUGAGUCACUUAUGGGGCAAGAAUCUGAUACCACCACAGAAAGUGAGAAGACUGAUGAGGACGCCUCAGUUGAGGCUGUUGCUGGAAUGUCCUUCACCUUUAUGGAUGUUCUACUGACACAGGUGGAGUUUUUCAGGGGGAUGUCUGGCCUUAUGUCUGCUGCAUGGAAUGCUCCAUCAGAACUGACCUCAGCUCUACAGGCCAAUGUCCUCCUCCAAGAUCAUUCACAAAGAAUUCAUCUUUCUAAUGGCCUUGUGCUGGACACUGAAGUGAAAGGUGUUCUGUCAUUUGAUUUAUCAGGAUUUGUGAGCAUUAGUUUGUGGAAUAGAAAUUGUGAUGCUCUUAUAAGGAACAGUGGUGCCAUGUACAUAGAAGGCUCAAUGAAAGCUGAUUCCAGUGUUUUUAAUCUUGACCUGAUGUUCAGUGGUGAAGGCCAGACCAACAUAGACUACACAUCCAAAGCAGAUUUCUAUGAGAUGCCUCUCAAACUAUGCAUGCAGAUGUUGAGGCCAGAAUUUGAAUUUGUGCACAAGACACAAAAGACAUCUAGUCUUUCAAAAGGUAGAAAAUACAAGUCAAGUAUAAAUCGUAAAUCGGUCAUCCUAGCUGAAUCCUAUUUGUUGAAUAAAGCCAACUCAGAUGAAUGUCGAGUCAUGUUGAGCCAAGAUUGAAAAAGAAAUUAAUUGUUUGGAAAAAAAACCAUUUUGGAUGGAGUAAAGGAUUUCAACAACAUAACAUUCCUUUGUGAGUAUGUCAUAUACAGAUUUAUGAAUUUGUGUGCCAGUUUUCAUUGAAUUAAAUUCAUUGAGAUCUAAUAACUAUGAAUCAAAGAAUCAGCAACCAUAUUAAUCCAGCAAUCAUUAGGUUAAGUUCUAAUGACUGCAAUUCAAAGAACUGGAACUGGGAAAGAAUCAACAAAUCAGCAAGUUAAUGAACUAGAAAUCAUUGAAUCAAGUACUAAAGUUUCAAAUAACUGAGUAAGGAAAGAAUUUGAAAAGUCAUCUAGCUAAAAAUGAAUCCAGAAAUUAAUUAUGAAUUAUUAUAUGAGAGCUAAUGAAUCAAAGGGAUAUUAAAUUAGUGAUUUUAAUUCUUGCCAAUCAAAGAAAUCCAUAUAUUUUUAUAGUAAAUUUUUUUUUAAGCAUUUUUUAAUUUAAUUUUUUUUUUGGUUAAAUUCAUACUUAUUAAGGUAUUGAAUUAUUUCUAUUUACAUUCACUUCCAUGACAGUAAAUUUAAAAAGUUAGAUGAAAACUUGUGACUCUGUACAUAACUCUAUUCUAGCACUUGUUAGCUGCCCUCUACUGAUGUCUAGGUAGAAGUAUAUUAUUGUGGAAAUAAAAUCAGAUGUUAUUGAUUUUGGACCUGAAAUACCUUACUAAUAAUUUAUGUAUUGUGAAAACAUGUUUUAUUAACAUAUUUUUAAAAAGAAAGAGCAACUAGAUACCCUGUUAAAUUCAUUGUUUUAAAGAAACUAUUGUAACAGCAUUGUCUGAUGUAAAAUUGAACUUAUCUUUUUUUUUAAGGUAAUGAAUCGUCCAUUAUAAAUUUCUUUUAAACAUUUCAUAGCCAAUGAGAUAUUUGAUGUUGACAAUCAUGAACAUAUGCAAAUGAAUCAAUUCAUAUCAAGUAUAAAAAUGAUUUAUUGUAACUGUAUUAAUUCAUUUGUGGAUGCAUUUUGAAUUAUCCAAAUGUUUUUAUUCUUUUUUUGAAUGAUAUUCUUUAGGUUCCAGCAUAUUUUUCAAGAUAAUGAUAUUAUAUAGGUUUAAGUGCUUUUUAAAAAAAUCAUGAUAUUCAAUAGCUUUUUUUUUUUAUUUUAAUUUUAAAUAGAAGUACAAUCAAAUAUGAUUGUUUCUUGAAGGCCAUACCAAGUAUGAGUUGAUUGAUUUUGUAUGCUAAUUAGAUUAAGUUCAAAUGUUUUUUUACAAUUGUACAUAAAUAUAUACACAUAUCUAGUUGCACAUUUUUAACAGAAUUUUUUUUUUCAGCAUUAAUUCAUUGCUUCUCAUUGUUUCAUUUUUUAGUUUGCCUUGUGGCUGCAUGCACAAUAGUUUGUUUUGUUGCAUUGUAAUUUUUGUUUCAGCCAACUUUUCAUAAAUUAUUGCUCAACUUAAGUAUUACAUCUUGCUUUCCUUAUGUUGUUCUCCGUAUCAAUGUUUUUUUUAAAUUUGACUCUUGCUGCACUGUUUGAUAUACUGUAUGCAAACCUGUCAAUAACAACUAUUUUUUUACAAAGCUUAUAUCAGCUCACUCUGUCUCUCUGUCUGGUAAAUAGUUUGUACACACACCCAUUCUUGGAUCAAGUUAAAACUUUGCACACUUAUUCAUUGGCGUAGGCAAUACAUCAAUCAAUGCAAAAAAUUACCCAAUUAGUCAAUUAAUUACUGGUAUUUUUUUUUAUACCAACAAGGGAAAUUAAUCCUUCAGUAUUUAAAGAUAUGGCUAAAUAUUUAUUUUAAUUAUUUAUUUACUGUUAAGACCUUGUUCAGUUCAGUGAUAUGCAAUAUGCAGAUUUGUAAUUUAAAAUUGCAACAUUAAGGUUUUUACUAUAAGUCACAUACAGACCUAUAUAUAUUAUAUUUAGACUGGACAUGGAGAUCUUUUAACACUACUAAAAAUGUCGUGAAUUUUUUUUUUUAAACUGAAACAAGGCGUUGUUUUGUUAAGAAGACACAGGAAGUAAAAUUGUUGAUUUUUCAACCCUAACUAAAGUAACAUAUAAUUUUAUGUUUAAAUCUAGAUUUAGUAAUCAAACAUCGAGAAUAAAAGCACACUCGUUUCAUAAUUAUUAUUUUGUGAUUUGCGUGAAUAUAUAGUUCUGUGAUUAAUAGCCCAUUCUCAAGAAAAUCCAAGAAAUGAUUUUUCAUUAUUUCUAAACUUUGAAACUAAAGAUCAUUAAUUUUCUUAGACAGAAAAGAUUGAUUUUCCUAGAUUUGGGGGCGACUUCCAUUAGAGCUUGAAAAAGAGUUACAUACAUGAAUAUAUAUAUAUAUAUAUAUAUAUAUAUAUAUAUAUAUAUAGGUCUGUGAAUUAAUUAAUUGCGGAUAAGAAUUUGUUUCCAUUUUCCAGUCUAGAUUUAGUAUAUAGAUAGGUCUGUGAUGUCACAUUUAUAUGAUACAUGUAAAAUCUAUGGGAUUCGUAGUUUUUAAUAAUCUAAAAAUAAAAAAAAAAGGAUAAAAAUCAGCUGUAAUAUUGAACAAAUAUUGUUUAUUGGCAACAUGGCCAGAUAUUUUCAACAUUUGUCAAGGUUACACAAUAAGCAGCAAAAAUAAUUUUGGCAUGCAAACACAAAAGCUGUUGUUUUUUUUUUAUCUUGAAACGAAAUUUUUGUUUUUUCUUUGCAUAAAAAGCCAAAGAAUCACUAUUGUUAUGUUAAAACAAUAUAACAUACAAUUUCAUUAAUGAUUUUUAUAAAAAUCAGUGCCGUAAAUGGCAAACAAUUUGUUAAAACCUUGUGAUACAAUGAAAUGUGUAAUCUUAAAUAUUACAAAGUUUGAGAGAAUCAAAGGUAUGAUAAUGUUACUAUAAAUAAGAUUCUUGUUUGGGAAAGAGAGAAUCUAAGAGAUACAUGGGACUGAAUGCAUGCAGAUGAUACAAGUAGAUCAUGGAAUGCUAGCUAGUGUGAAAAUGUGGAACAGAAGUCUCAAUUUUAAUAUUUAAACAAAUUGAAGGUGAAAUAGAUGACUUUUUUUAAAGGGCAAAAUAAUAAUGCAAUUUUAAUAACAGGGUGACAUGAAAAAUAAAUAUUUUGUUAAGUGUAGAAAUA